UUAACCCUCUCGUGACCGUCGUCGCAUAUUUGCGACACGAUUUGCUCACUUCCGUAUUACCGUCGUCGCAAUUAUGCGACCAAAAAAGUCCCUCCGGUAAAAAGCAUUAUAAUAAGCGAAAGAUCACCCCCACGAGUCGAGAAUGGUAUUGUCUGAAAGCUUGGUUUGCGUGCGAUCGAAUGGUAUGCAUUUCACUACAUGCUUGUAUUGACUUUUUCAUCGCAAUCUACACUUGAAGUCUGAGAAAUAAUCACAAAUUUUCACUUUUUGACGCUAAGAAGCUCCGAAAUGGAGGACCAAGACGGAGAGAAUUUCGCGGAUAGAUUGUCUGAAUCGAGUUCGGAAGCUUGGGACAGCCAUGAAGACCAGUUAGACGAUGAUUCCGAGGUGGAAGGAAUGGAGAUUUCGUCGGACGAGGAGAUUCGCAUAGGCCAUGUGUAUGCAAGGCAUAGGCAACAAAUGGACGGAGCCGAGCGUGGAAAAGAUGGUCCACCGGACGGAGUCAACACUCCACCUCGCCGGGCAAGACAACCAGCUGCCGAACGGAGAGCUCGCGGACAGGCAAGGGGCAGAGGCCGGGGCGCAGGCCGAGGCAAUGCACGGCGUCAACGUCGCCCAAACCCAGAUUUUCGAGGCGGUUGGGAAGAGACGGAUAACUUCGAUCGGAAUAUCCCAGCAUUUACAGGAACACAGGGACCGACAGAAGAUUUUUCUCAGCUUUCGCCUCUGGAAGUAUUCUUCCUCUUCUUUACUCAAGAGGUGUGGGAGCUGCUGACAAAUGAAACCAACAGAUAUGCAGACCAAGUGAUGGAAGGCUGGGAUGCCGAUCGUGCAAGUGCCUGGCGUGAUCAUCCAACGACCGUUCCAGAAAUGAAAGCCUUCCUUGGACUUGUUCUAUUGAUGGGAGUUGUCCGGUGCCCACGCUACCAUCUGCAUUGGUCAACAAUGGAAAUCUUCUAUCAUCCGUUCUUCUCUGCCAUCAUGCCCAGGAAUCGAUAUUCUCUACUCCGUCGCUUUUUACAUCUGUCUGAUAACACUGCACCCAACCCAAACAACAACCGUCUACAUAAACUGGAAUCUUUCCUCUCUCUUCUCAUCCCCAAGUUCCGCUCCCUCUACCUUCCUAAGAAGAUGAUCUCACCUGAUGAAAGCAUGAUCAAGUUCAAAGGACGUCUUGGCAUAGUGCAGUACAUGCCAAAGAAACCAAUCAAAUGGGGAAUAAAGGCAUGGGCACUGUGUGAAAGUGACUCGGGAUAUACAUGGAACUGGAAAGUUUAUACUGGACGUGAGGAAGCACUUCAAGCAGCGAUUGCUGGAGACCAUGAUGGACCGAACAGCCACCCUCCAGAAUCGUCGAUAUAUGCUAGUGGAAAAGUUGUUCUCUCCCUUGUUGAGGGAUUGGAGGGGAAGGGAUACUGGCUCUUUUGUGACAAUUUUUACACUUCCCCUGCACUAUUUCAGAAGCUGAAUGAGAUUGGAUUUGGAUGUUGUGGCACUGCAAGGCCGUUGGCAAAGGGACUUCCCACGGGUGCAAAUCCCAAAGUACAUAAAAUGAAGAAGGGAGACCGUCCAAAAUACUAUAAGAAGAAAGGUCAGAUGUGUGUUGUUUGGAUGGACAAAAAACCGGUAACCCUCUUGACAACUCUUGACGGUCCUGGGGAGGAUGUCAAAAGGAUCAGGUCGCGUCAAGGUGUAGACGGUCAUCGUGAGAUCUCCCGCCCCACAGCCAUCUCGACUUACAAUAAGCACAUGGGUGGUGUUGACAAAGCGGAUCAACUUAUCCAAUACUACGUGCACCAGCACAGGAGCUUGAAGUGGUGGAAAACGAUUUUUUCCAUCUUUUGGAGACCACACUUGUGAACGCACACGUCAUCUACAAAUCAUAUGACCACCCAAAGCUGGACUUACUACAAUUUCGUGUGAAGGUCAUCGAAGGCCUUCUCGAAGGCUGGCCUCGAGCCCAGCAUGGACGGAGAGGAUCGAGAGAGGGACCGGCUAUUGCUAGGCUAACUCCUGGGGCACAUUUCUUGAAGAGGGUUGAGUCUCGUCCGGACUGUGUUGUGUGUAGUAACAGAUACAUUCGUGGAGGGAGGAAGCAAACACAGUUUGUUUGUAAGAGCUGUGAUAAAGCCAUGUGUCCAACCGAGUGUUUUGAAAGGUUCCAUACCCUUGUAGACUACAAGCUUCAUUGAAUACCUCUGAUCAUCAUGCCUGACUAAUAUUUCUUUCACAUAUAUUACCUCAAACAUGUAAUUCUUUCAAAUGUGCCAUGUUGAUAUUGCAAUGAUAUCUUAUAAGCCAAGUAUAAUUAUUGCCCAUAUUGAUCCAAAUACUUAUGAAUUUAUGAUGGCAUGAAAGCCACUGUAUACUUGUAUCUUUUUUUUUAACAGUUUAUAUUUAUUUGACAUGCAGAAAGCCACUGCAUACUUAUAUUUAUUUGAUAGCAGAAAGCCACUGCAUACUUGUAUCUUUUUUUUGAACAGUUUAUAUUUAUUUGACAUGCAGAAAGCCACUGCAUACUUAUAUUUAUUUGAUAGCAGAAAGCCACUGCAUACUUGUAUCUUUUUUUUGAACAGUUUAUAUUUAUUUGACAUGCAGAAAGCCACUGCAUACUUAUAUUUAUUUGAUAGCAGAAAGCCACUGCAUACUUGUAUCUUUUUUUGAACAGUUUAUAUUUAUUUGACAUGCAGAAAGCCACUGCAUACUUAUAUUUAUUUGAUAGCAGAAAGCCACUGCAUACUUGUAUCUUUUUUUUAACAGUUUAUAUUUAUUUGACAUGCAGAAAGCCACUGCAUACUUAUAUUUAUUUGAUAGCAGAAAGCCACUGCAUACUUGUAUCUUUUUUUGAACAGUUUAUAUUUAUUUGACAUGCAGAAAGCCACUGCAUACUUUUUUUGAACAUGUAUUUUUCUUUUUACUUGAUCAAAACCACGAUAAGACUAUUUUUCAGUUUUGAAAAAAAAUGCUUUCCGGUAAUCAAUCUGUACAUGUCGUACAGAUAACACCAUGCAAGAUAUACCUCAUGCUUACGUUGAGUAAGUUUAGUUGAUGUACAUUACUAAUAAACUCCUGAACUGCUGAAACUGA